GGUUCUGAUAUUGAUGCCGUUGACUAUACUAAGAAAACAGCGCUGAUGUAUGCUGCAGCUAAAGGCCAUAUUAAAGUGAUCGACUAUUUACUCCGACAUAAUGCUGAUAUUUCUGCCGUAGAUGAAGUACAGCGAACUUGUCUUCAUCUCGCUGUUCGAAAUGGUCAUUUACAAUUAAUUCAACACUUAUUACGAGUAAGUUACAAAUCAAACAUAAUUCUUACUCAAUUUAUGGAAUAA